AUGGGCUACAAGAAAACUGGUCACAAAAAUCACACAAAGGAGCGAGAAAACCAAAAUAAAUUUGAACGUUCAAUAAAUACUACCGCUAAUAGUAAUAACAAUGUCAAUAAUAUUCGUAAUCAAACAAAGGAUAAGAAAUUGAGAGCUGGUUUGAAGAAAAUAGAUGACCAAUACAAAAAGGCGGUCUCUUCUGCCGCGGCCACAGACUACCUUUUACCUGAAUCCAACGGUUAUUUGGAACCCGAAAAUGAACUAGAAAAGACUUUCAAAGUACAACAAUCUGAAAUUAAAUCCAGCGUGGACGUCACCACAGCAAACAAGGCCUUAGACUUAUCGUUAAAGGAAUUUGGCCCUUACAAUAUAAACUACGCCAAGAACGGUACACAUCUAUUGAUCACAGGCCGUAAAGGUCAUGUGGCUUCUAUGGAUUGGAGGAAGGGUGAGCUACGUGCCGAACUGUUUUUGAAUGAAACCUGUCAUUCAGCAACUUACUUGCAAAAUGAGCAAUAUUUUGCCGUGGCACAAAAGAAAUAUACAUUUAUUUACGACCAUGAAGGCACAGAACUACACCGUUUGAAACAGCAUAUCGAGGCAAGACAUUUAGAAUUCCUACCAUAUCAUUACCUGCUAGCCACUGCUGGUGAAACAGGCUGGUUGAAAUACCAUGAUGUUUCCACUGGUCAACUGGUUUCAGAAUUAAGAACCAAGGCCGGUCCCACCACAGCAAUGGCGCAAAACCCAUGGAAUGCUGUAAUGCAUUUAGGCCAUUCGAACGGUACAGUUUCGCUAUGGUCUCCGUCAAUGCCUGACCCCUUGGUAAAGCUACUCUCUGCCAGAGGCCCGGUGAAAAGCAUUGCCAUCGACAGAAGCGGUUACUAUAUGGUCACCACAGGUGCUGAUAAAUCGAUGAAGAUAUGGGAUAUCAGAAACUUCAAACAACUACAUUCAAUCGAAAACUUGCCAACACCAGGCACGAACGUUUCAAUUUCAGAUACCGGUCUAUUAGCAUUGUCUCGUGGUCCUCAUGUUACAUUAUGGAAGGACGCUUUGAAACUAAGUGGAGAUAGUAAACCAUGCUUUGGAUCCAUGGGAGGAAACCUUCAUAGAAACACUCCUUACAUGUCACAUUUGUUUGCCGGUAAUAAAGUAGAAAAUUUGGCAUUCGUACCCUUUGAAGAUUUAUUGGGAGUAGGUCAUCAAACAGGUGUUACCAACUUGAUUGUACCAGGUGCAGGUGAAGCUAAUUAUGACGCUUUGGAAUUGAAUCCAUUUGAAACCAAGAAGCAAAGACAAGAACAAGAGGUCAGAACCUUGUUAAACAAGUUACCAGCAGACACUAUUACUCUGGAUCCAAACGCCAUCGGUUCUGUGGAUAAAAGGUCUUCCACCAUAAGGUUAAACGCUAAGGAUUUGGCUCAAGUGACAAUGGACGCCAAUAAUAAAUCCAAGGAGAAUAAUGACAUUCCAGAUGUGAAACCUGAAGUAAAGGGCAAAAAUUCAGGUCUGCGUUCGUUUAUGCGUAAAAAGACUCAGAAUGUUAUUGAUGAAAGAAAAUUGAGAGUUCAGAAACAAUUACAUAAGGAGAAAAGUAUGCGUAAAAGAAAUCAACAGAUUAAAGAAGGUGUGAUUUCGGAAGAUCACAAAGAUGUCGUUGAAGAGGCAUUAAGUAGAUUUAGUUAG